UGUUUUUCACAAUCACAUUUUUAGUUGGUCCGGACUGUGUUUUGCUGGCGGCCGCGGGGGGAGGCAGACAGACAGACAGACACAGGCAGACAGACAGACACAGACAGACAGACAGACUGACAGCUCCUGAUCACUGACCGAAUAUCAUGGUGUGAACCAUGUUGAGCCUCUGGGGAGUAUUUAAAGCCCGCGGAGAGCGGAAGCGUGGCCCGCAUGGCUCAGACCAGCUGAGCUGAGCUAGCCGUAGCAUUAGCUCCUCCACUAGUAGACCACUGCUCUUCUCGUCCUCGCGUAUGCAGAUAAACAUGAAGGUAGAAGAUGAAACGAGGGUGUUAGGACGGUAACACCUAAAACACCACCACAAGAAGAAGAAGACGACGACGACACGGGAAACAUUCCCAGGAAUACUCGGUGCUCCCCGCAGUCCUCCCACACAUCCAACCCCUUUACGCCCUCAACUCCCAUCUGCAUGGACGCUGUAACCAUGACGACGGGUGGGUGUUGCCACCUGCCCGGCUCUCUGUGCGACUGCGCCAGCAGCACGGGCCUGUGGAAGAGCGUGGAGGAGGCAGGAAGUGACGGCUGCCAGGCGCUCUACGUCACCCAGGUCACAGCCAUAGACGGACGGUUGCUGUCCUCUGUCCUCAAACCCAUGAGCGCACAGAGUGAUGGUCCCAUCUGCCGCAUUUGCCACGAAGGAGGCAACAGCGAGAGCCUCCUGUCCCCGUGUGACUGCACGGGGACCCUGGGCACGGUGCACAAGAGCUGCCUGGAGAAGUGGCUGUCGUCUUCCAACACCAGCUACUGUGAGCUCUGCCACACGGAGUUCAGCAUCGAGCGCCGGCCGAGGCCUCUCACAGAGGUAACAAAGUGGCUGCGGGACCCCGGCCCCCGUAACGAGAAGAGGACGCUGUUCUGUGACAUGGUGUGCUUCCUGUUCAUCACGCCUCUGGCGGCUAUUUCGGGCUGGCUGUGCCUGAGAGGCGCUCAGGACCAUCUUCACCUGGGGAGCUGGCUGCAGGCCGUGGGUCUCAUAGCCCUCACCAUCGCCCUCUUCACCAUCUACGUCCUCUGGACCUUGGUGUCAUUCCGCUACCAUUGUCAGCUGUACUCGGAGUGGAGGAGAACAAACCAAAAAGUCCGUCUGCUCAUUCCUGAAGCCAAGGAGUCUAACUCUUCCCAGCAUUCCUUGCUCUCCACUAAACUGAUGAAAAAGUCUGCCAAUGAGAGUAUAGUAUGAGGCCGACUGGAGACGCUCUGUGAUAACGGUGUCGUUCAUGCGCGAGGACCGAUACUCUGAUUACACCCGCUGGACAGACUUUGAAAAAAGCACUUCUUCUUUUUUUUUGUUGCUUUUUUCUUUCAUUUUUUCUUAUGCCUCAUCAGUAUACAUUUUUCGACAUCGCAUUUUAUAAAUCUGUCCUGCGGGAGGACUGAAGCAAGUCUGUCGUGAUGUUGGGCGUUUGUGACCAAGUUUAUGCAACGGCUCUGAAGGAUGCAACAGCACAGAGGGACGAUUCCUGUCUCGCCGUCAUGGAUGCGGUGACGUAUCUAUCAAGCAGUGACGCUAGAGUAAGGGACUGACUGAGUUAACCUGCGAGAUUCAAUAGUGUGUGCAUCGCAAUGAUACGUGUUUUCAGUGGGCAUGCACUUAACCGUCUUAGGCCUUCCAUCCUCUGCACAACCUUGCCCCCCCCCCUCGAGAACGAGGAGCUCUUUCAUGCAAUUGCGUGAUCACAUACUCAUCUGUAACGGAAAAGAAAUGCAAAGCUCAGCUUCACGUUUUGUCUGAGAUGAAAUUUUCAACACGCGCCUGAUCUCUGUAAGUUUCUUUCCCAUCAGUUCGGAGAACAGAUGGUUGCAUAACAUUAGCAAAAGCCAGAGAUUGUGCAAUAAAACACUGUGGACAUCGACAUACAUGAAGAGACCUCUACCGACACGGACAGUUAUGCAUGCAAGCAGCACUGCUAAUAAUCUUUUUACUGUUAUUGUAUCCUAAAACCAGUUUUUAAACCACUGAAGUAUGAACAGGUUUACUAUUCCUACAGAAGAAGGCGUCGGCCGUGUCCUCUUAGAGGCUCUUGUAUCGUGAGCACUUAACAAGUAUGUCUUUAUAUUUGUACCGAUGGACAGAGGACUCCAUCAGACUGGCUUUUAGAGGAACAUUUCCACACCUAGUGUUUGGUGGCCGCUGCAGCGUAUAACAGCGUCGUCUCUAUUGCCUGUUGAAGUACUUAAUUAUUGGGUUUUUGUUUGCACAUUGUGUCGACCUUUCCAUAAUGACAACAAUCAGGGAUUCAGAUUCUUCCUGUGAUCUUUCACGUUUUGGUUAAACUGUUUCUCUGUUUUGACAAAAGUAAUAUUUCUCAGUGAGGGAUUUUUCAGCGUCGGGUGUUAUUUUCCACCCACACGUUGAUGUUACUGAUCAGACGCCUCUGGGACCGGCUGUGUGAGUAAUUUAGGACACUUCUCUUUGUUCUGCGUAGUUUGGCGCAGCUUCUAAACCAGACUUUAGUGGUGACUGUUACUCAACUAGUAAAAGUUGAUCUUCUCUGCUUUGAGGAGCGGAAACAAACCACAGUCUGCCUUGUAUCCAGAUUUCGGGGUCAUAGCUUGGUCCAGUUUUGAACGCCUUUGUUCCACUUAAGUUAGCAAAUGAGAGACGGUUAAUUGCUUUUUCUGCACAGUGCAGGCUGUCCACGGGGGGGGGGUGGGCUUACACAUGCAACAUUACAUGUAGUGCUGAGCGAGGCUUUGAUGUAGAAACGGCUGAUGAGGAACGUGCACUCAAACAUAUCGUCUCUGAGCAAACAGAUGUUGAUUUUUGGGUGGGGCAGGUGUGAGGCUUGGAGCUCAGUGUUAUUGUGCUAAUCAUCUUCUUUCAUUUAUAUCUGUGCAAUUCUGUGUCGUUAAAAUGUAUCCGGGCUAUGACGCGGCAUUGAAAGCAAUGCAGUCUUAACACUUAAAACAUGUGUUAAUUACCACUUAAUUAUAAUUCAGUGAUAAGUUACCACCUUUUCAUUUGACCCAUCUUGACACUUUGAUUCAUCUUCAUUAAUGAUAAUCACACUUUGACCAUGGUUUGUUCUUCCACUAUGCUUUGCAUUAAUUCCCUUUCGACUCGUUGUAAAUACUCGUGGUGUGAAGAGGCCAAAGCUCUGGGUUUAUGUUUUUUUAAUUUAAAACGCAUAUUUACUUUAACAUAAUCAGACUUGAACAGCAUGUUACAGCAAAGAGGAAGAUGUGUUUUUUUUUUUUUUUAUAUACGUAUAAACACAUUAUAUUGGUUGCUACUACAAAUCAAAAUUCAUUAUUCCUUGUGCACUUUAAUUUUCCUGUGAAAGGACUCUGAUGAUUUAAAUGUUCUGAGGACAGUGGGGCUGUUGUGAAACAUUAGUCAUAGGACCCGGGUGCGUCUCAGUGGAGCUGCUGGCAGGAAGAUCUGCCCCGGCCAUAUGGUUGUAUCUGGUUUCUGACUGCUGACGGUGUGACAUUACCAGCAAACAGUGGCACCAGAAGUUAUUACCCUGACCCGGUCUCGUGUUUACAGCAACAGUUCAUCUAUUUCCUGGUGGUUCCACGUUAGUCCUGACUUGUUUGUGUUUGUGUCGGAACAAAGGAUUACAUACGGCGAUACUGCGAUGCGCCCGGGGCUCGUCUGCCUUACAAGCUUAUGAGUCAUUUGAUCAUCUGUGUGUUUACUGUUGGUGAUAAGAGGCUUUACCCCGGGACGUGUUUUGUGAGACCCCUGAUGUGAUGUCAGCUGAGGUGCAAAAAAAAAAAAAUGAGUUUAUGUUGUUGUGUUGGGAGUCUGUACCAAGAAGCAUUCGAGGUAUGCAACGUUUGUGACUUCCUACCGAUUCAUCUUGGCGUUAAAAAGAUCCUUAAGCAGUUGUCACAUUUAUCAUAAUAUAACAUUUUAUGUACCACAACUCUAAAUCCAGAAAGGGAUUUUAAAUCAUUGUUUUCUUUGAACAUGUAGAAACUACUUUUUAUUGUGUUAUAACCUUUUUGUGAUGUUUUAAUUAAUGUCUUUUUUUUUUAAGAGGCUGGGUGUGUUAAUAUGUAUCCUUUGUAAUUUGUGUUGCAAUUCUUCAGUAUUCACUUAUUUUUUUUAAACUACGAUGUUUCUGACGUGCUGUGGGAGGAAAAAAAAAAGAGAGAAAAGAACAAAGGAUGUCUCCACGACAUACUGGUACCUGAGAUCAGCCAAGAAUCAUUUGCAAAGCAAAUAAAACAUAAAUUGUGAGAGAACGUCA